AUGGAAACUAGCCCUACAAAUAUGAAGAACGUGGCAAAGACUGUAACCAUUUCUCACAUCUUACCACACAUUAAGAUAAUUCAUACUGAAGAGAAACCCGACAAAUGUGAAGAAUGUAACAAAGUCUUUAACUGGUCUUCAACUCAUACUAAAUAUAAGAGAAUUCAUACAGAAGAUAAAUUUUAUAAAUAUGAAGAAUGUGACAAAAGCUUUAAAAACAUUUCAACCCUUAUUACACAUAAGAUAAUUUAUGUUGUAGAGAAAUUCUACAAAUGUGAAGAAUGUGGCAGUUUUUUUUUUUUUUUGAAAUGGAGUCUCACUCUGUCGCCCAAAUUGGAGUGCAAUGGCACAAUCUCAGCUCAUUGCAACCUCCGCCUCCUGGGUUCAAGUGAUUCUCUGGCCUCAACCUCCCAAGCAGCUGGGAUUACAGGCACCUGCCACCACGCCCAGCUAAUUUUUGUAUUUUUAGUAGAGACGGGAUUUCACCAUUUUGACCAGGCUGGUUUUGAAGUCCUGACCUCAAGUGAUCCACCCGCCUUGGCCUCCCAAAGUGCCCCAAAGUGCUGGGAUUACAAGCAUGAGCCAUUGCGCCCGGUUGAAUGUGGCAAAGUUUUUAAUAAGUUAUCAAAUCAUACUGGAGAGGAACUCUACAAACCUAAAAGACAUGACAGUGCUCUUGAGAACACCUUAAACUUUUCUAAACAUAAAAUAAAUCAUAGUGUCAAGAAGCCCUAG